AAGGUUUGGGCGGCGUUUGUGCAGGCGUUGGGGUUUUUUUGCCCACUUCUCUUCCCGUAACCCGGGGAGCUCCCGAGCCUGGGCUGUGACCCGGAGAGGGGGCGCGGCGGCGGCGGCGGGCUUUCUCCUUUUGUUGUUGUUUCCUCCGCCCGGGGAGCUGAAGAGGGGACGCGCCUGGGUGGGGCGGCUCGGAGCCCGGGCCUGGUGGCCCCUGGGGGCUCCCGGGCGGGCAGGGUAGGGCCGCGUAGAGCGGGCUUCAACAUGAUGGCGGCCGAGGCCGGCGGUGAGGAGGGCGGCCCGGUCACCGCCGGGGCAGCGGGAGGCGGCGCGGCCGCGGCCUCGGGUGCCUGCCCGGCGGCGUGUCGGGUGAAGAUCCCCGCGGCCCUGCCCGUGACCGCCGCCGCCCCCUUUCCUGGGCUGGCGGAGGCCGGCGUGGCCGCGACUUUGGGUGGCGGAGCCGCUCUGGGGUCAGGCUUCCUGGGACCCGGGUCUGUGGCGGGGGCUCCGGGGGGACCCGGACUGUCAGCCGGAGGCGCUGCCGCCGGCGUGGCUGGUGUCGCCGCCGCCGCCGCCGGACCGGGCGGGGAGAUGGCUGUCGCCAAGGGGACCACUUCGUUGCCCGCUGAGACCUUCGGGGCCGGCGGCGGAUUCCCUCCUCUGCCGCCGCCGCCUCCUCAGUUGCCCCCUUUGGGCGCUGGCCUGGGAACAGUGGACGAAGGUGACUCUCUGGAUGGACCAGAAUACGAGGAGGAAGAGGUGGCCAUCCCGCUGACCGCUCCUCCGACUAACCAGUGGUAUCAUGGAAAACUUGAUAGAACUAUGGCAGAAGAACGCCUCAGGCAAGCAGGGAAGUCCGGCAGUUACCUUAUAAGAGAGAGUGAUCGGAGGCCAGGGUCCUUUGUACUUUCCUUUCUCAGCCAGACAAAUGUUGUCAACCAUUUUAGGAUUAUUGCUAUGUGUGGAGAUUACUACAUUGGGGGAAGACGUUUUUCUUCUUUGUCAGACCUGAUAGGUUAUUACAGUCAUGUUUCCUGUUUGCUUAAAGGAGAAAAACUGCUUUAUCCAGUUGCACCACCAGAGGCAAUAGAAGAUAGAAGGCGUGUCCGAGCCAUUCUCCCUUACACAAAAGUACCAGACACUGAUGAAAUAAGUUUCUUAAAAGGAGAUAUGUUCAUUGUUCAUAACGAAUUAGAAGAUGGAUGGAUGUGGGUUACAAAUCUAAGAACAGAUGAACAAGGUCUUAUUGUUGAAGACUUAGUAGAAGAGGUGGGCCGGGAAGAAGAUCCACAUGAAGGCAAAAUAUGGUUCCAUGGGAAAAUUUCCAAACAAGAAGCUUAUAAUUUACUAAUGACAGUUGGUCAAGUCUGCAGUUUUCUCGUGAGGCCGUCAGAUAAUACUCCUGGGGACUAUUCACUUUAUUUUCGGACCAGUGAAAAUAUUCAGCGGUUUAAAAUAUGUCCAACACCAAACAAUCAGUUUAUGAUGGGCGGCCGAUAUUAUAACAGCAUUGGGGACAUCAUAGAUCACUAUCGAAAAGAACAAAUUGUUGAAGGGUAUUAUCUUAAGGAACCUGUACCCAUGCAGGAUCAAGAACAAGUACUCAAUGAUGCAGUGGAUGGCAAGGAAAUUUAUAAUACAAUUCGUCGUAAAACAAAGGAUGCCUUUUAUAAAAAUAUUGUUAAAAAAGGUUAUCUUCUAAAAAAAGGAAAGGGAAAAAGGUGGAAAAAUUUAUAUUUUAUCUUAGAGGGCAGUGAUGCCCAACUUAUUUAUUUUGAAAGUGAAAAACGAGCUACAAAACCAAAAGGAUUAAUAGAUCUCAGCGUGUGUUCUGUCUAUGUUGUUCAUGAUAGUCUCUUUGGCAGGCCAAACUGUUUCCAGAUAGUGGUUCAGCACUUUAGUGAAGAACAUUACAUCUUCUACUUUGCAGGAGAAACUCCAGAACAGGCAGAGGAUUGGAUGAAAGGUCUGCAGGCAUUUUGCAACUUAAGGAAAAGUAGUCCAGGGACAUCUAAUAAACGCCUGCGUCAGGUCAGCAGUCUUGUUUUACAUAUUGAAGAAGCCCAUAAACUCCCAGUAAAACAUUUUACUAAUCCAUAUUGUAACAUCUACCUGAAUAGCGUCCAGGUAGCAAAAACUCACGCAAGGGAAGGGCAAAACCCUGUGUGGUCAGAAGAGUUUGUCUUUGAUGAUCUUCCUCCUGACAUCAACAGAUUUGAAAUAACUCUUAGUAAUAAAACGAAGAAAAGCAAAGAUCCUGAUAUCUUAUUUAUGCGCUGCCAGUUGAGCCGGUUACAGAAAGGGCAUGCCACAGACGAAUGGUUUCUGCUCAGCUCCCACAUACCCUUGAAAGGUAUCGAACCAGGGUCCCUGCGCGUCCGAGCACGGUAUUCUAUGGAAAAGAUCAUGCCAGAAGAAGAAUACAGCGAAUUUAAAGAGCUUAUACUGCAAAAGGAGCUUCACGUAGUCUACGCUUUAUCACAUGUAUGCGGACAGGACCGAACACUACUGGCUAGCAUUCUGCUGAAGAUUUUUCUUCAUGAAAAGCUUGAAUCAUUGUUGUUAUGUACACUAAAUGACAGAGAAAUAAGCAUGGAAGAUGAAGCCACUACCCUAUUCCGAGCCACAACACUUGCGAGCACCCUGAUGGAGCAGUAUAUGAAAGCCACUGCCACACAGUUUGUCCAUCACGCUUUGAAAGACUCUAUCUUAAAGAUAAUGGAAAGCAAGCAGUCUUGUGAGUUAAGUCCAUCAAAGUUAGAAAAAAAUGAAGAUGUGAACACUAAUUUAGCACACCUAUUGAACAUACUUUCAGAGCUUGUGGAGAAAAUAUUCAUGGCUUCAGAAAUACUUCCACCGACACUGAGGUAUAUUUAUGGGUGUUUACAGAAAUCUGUUCAGCACAAGUGGCCUACAAAUACCACCAUGAGAACAAGAGUUGUUAGUGGUUUUGUUUUUCUGCGACUUAUCUGUCCUGCCAUCCUGAAUCCACGGAUGUUUAAUAUCAUCUCAGAUUCCCCAUCUCCUAUUGCUGCAAGAACACUGACAUUAGUGGCUAAGUCUGUGCAGAACUUAGCAAAUCUUGUGGAAUUUGGAGCUAAGGAGCCUUACAUGGAAGGUGUCAAUCCAUUCAUCAAAAGUAAUAAACAUCGCAUGAUCAUGUUUUUAGAUGAACUAGGGAAUGUACCUGAACUUCCGGACACUACAGAGCAUUCUAGAACUGACCUUUCCCGUGAUUUAGCAGCACUGCAUGAGAUUUGUGUGGCCCAUUCAGAUGAACUGCGGACGCUCAGUAAUGAGCGUGGUGCACAACAGCAUGUACUGAAAAAGCUUCUGGCUAUAACAGAACUGCUUCAGCAAAAACAAAACCAAUAUACAAAAACUAAUGACGUCAGGUAGCAGCCUUCGCCGCAGUGUUCUGCAUGGAGUCAGCAUGCCCCAAACGGUAAAUCACAUCAGUAUCAUGUCUCCUUUGCUCUUGCCAAAAAAACAGCACACCUUUCCACAUUCCAGUGAUGUGUGAGCUAUGCAAACAGAACUCGAGAUUCUGCUGGUAGCUGCUCCAGCAGCUUCGUAAGCUAUCUUUACCAACCUCUGAGCCUUGGUGUACAGAUCACCUUUCACACAAUGUUAUGACUGUAUCUUGAACUUUGAAAAUAUAUUUUCAAUACAUUCAA